AUGGCCACAGCUCUUGCCACCCUAAAAGGGGCUAAGCAGGAAGGGGAUGAGACAAGUCAUUCCUUCGGACAAAAUGCCUGGAAAAAAAACCCCGCGCAUUUGAGAGUUCUACAAGAUAAUUCUCUACAAGUAUCCGAUGGCAAAGAGCCUCAACGAUUCAAGUUUGAUCAAGUGUUUGGUCCUGAUGCAACUCAACAGAAAGUUUUUGAAGAGAUAAAACAAUUGAUUCAAUCGGCAGUCGACGGUUACAAUGUUUGCAUUUUUGCCUACGGGACAACAGGUUCUGGCAAAACUUUCACUAUGGAAGGCGGAACUGCUGGAUCUGAAUCAGAGGGGAUGAUCCCACGCUCUAUGCGUUUCAUUUUUGUUUUAUGUGAGUCUUUAAGAGCCAUAGGUUGGUCCUACAAGAUCGCAGCUUCUAUCUGUGAGAUCUACAAUAUCAACAUACGGGAUCUACUCGAAAUUCAACAUUUUUCUACCCAGGUUGGAGAGGUUACAAACGAACAACAGGUACAAAACUUACUUGCCAGGGCUCAGCAACAGCGCGCCGUUGCUUCAACCAACUGCAAUGAGCAUUCUUUACGCAGCCAUAGUGUUCUGCGUAUGAAAUUGACAGGAAGAAAUGUGAAUAAUACUGAGACUUCGAAAGGAAUCCUUUUCAUGGUUGAUCUGGCGGGUUCAGAGCGCCUCAAGGAGUCUGGUGCCACGGGUGACAGAUUGACUGAGACAAAUCACAUCAAUAAAUCCCUUUCUAGUCUUAAAAGCGUGAUCAUGGCACUUAAAGCCAAGGCAAGCCAUAUCCCAUACCGUGACUCUAAACUGACUUUUCUCUCGGCAUUGGGUGGCAGUGCUAAAACGCUUAUGCUCAUUAAUGUUUCUCCUGAAGAAACUUCUAUUGAUGAGACCAUUAACUCUUCGCGAUUCGCCACCACAUUGAAUGAAUGUCACCUUGGAACUGCCAAAAAAAUAGUUAAACAUCACGUCCGCACCACUUACAACCCCCCCCCCCCCUAA